GCUUAAGAACGAUAAACACAGAGCUUCUCUUUCGACAAAUCAACCGUUUCCUUGCUCAAUUUGCGUUCGUUGUUGAAACCAUAGACCCAGGUGGUGAAUUCUGGAAAACAUCUUGAAGCGAAAUCGAAAAGCGUUGGAGGUUUAAAUCGUUAUUCGAUUGAUCGAUGAAUCCUAGAAGGGAGCCGCGUGGUGGUAGAAGUUCUCUCUUUGAUGCCAUCGAAGAGGGAGGAAUUAGAGCUGCUCCUUCUUACUCUCAUGAAAUCAAUGAACAUGAGAAUGAGCGUGCCUUGGAAGGAUUGCAAGAUAGAGUCAUUCUCUUAAAACGACUAUCUGGCGAUAUAAACGAAGAGGUCGAUACUCAUAACCGCAUGCUUGACAGAAUGGGCAAUGAUAUGGAUUCAUCAAGGGGAUUUCUCUCAGGAACCAUGGACCGGUUUAAAACGGUAUUUGAGACAAAGUCAAGUCGAAGAAUGCUGACGCUCGUGGCAUCGUUCGUUGGUUUAUUCCUAGUCAUAUACUAUCUUACUCGGUAAAAUUGGCAAACCCGGAGUAUUCCUGAACAUCCAUCCAUGAUCUCAUGAUAUUCCCAGUCUCUCUCUGUUGGCUCCUACGAUCUAAUUAUCCUCAAUCUGUGUAAUGAAUAUAUGCCUCCAGUGUUAUAUAGUAUGAUCCAGUGCUUGGGAUGAGGACACAAAUUUCAUAAAACUUAUAAGAAGUUUCAUAUGUUGGAUUUUAUAGAGCGUUUUACUUCCUUUAUGGAUAAA